AUGGAACCAUUUUCUCAGCCGCAUGCUCAAGCACAGGCCCGGACUCAGUCGGUUCCUUUUGUCUUGUCCAAGUCAGUGUCGACGCCAUCCCCUGCAUCAGCUUCACGCACUGUGCGUGCAAAAGUGACUGAAGGAAUAAGAACGUCCAAAGCAAAGUCGUCUGGGCUGACGCCAACUGAAUCAGAUCGACUCACAUGCUCGCCUGAACGCCCUCAACAGCAGUUACGGAUUCCAGAUCCUCCUUCGCCUAAUUCACGAAUUGAUGUUUCAACACUCCAGCAUGAAUUAGGCGAUAAUUCGUUCGUGCUAGAGUCUGAUGAUACCCACCCCAGUGGCGAGUCGGUCCAAGUACAUAUUCGCGUACGUCCAAACGCAGAAGAUGAACAAUGUGCAUGGGUGGCUUCAUCAGAAUCUGCGUCACUUGCACUUGAUUCAGCGCUGGCUUGUGGGCGCAUGCAGCCAAAUGCGGACAAGCCAUACUAUUUCGAUGACGUGCACACAGGCAGCUCCAAUGCGCACAUCUACUCGGCGCUGGCGCGACCACUCGUGCAUUCCACGCUUCAUGGCUACAAUGCUGUAAUUUUUGCUUAUGGCCAGACAGCCAGUGGAAAAACGUUUACGCUAAGUGGCGAUGAAGACGGUCGCGAGCCAGGUGUGAUUCCACGUGCUGUCCAAGAUAUAUUUAAUGGAAUCUGCCAAGGUUCGACACGGCGUGAAUAUCUUAUUCGUGUCAGCUACCUUGAAAUAUGGAAUGAGAUUGUGCGUGACUUGCUUGAACCUGCGAAUCAGCCCCAAGUUCGUGACGAUCGAAGGCGCGGCCCCAACGCUGUCUUAGUCGCCCCGUUGCAUGAGGAAGUGGUAACAUCACCUGCGCAUGUAUUCAAACUCCUCGCGCGUGGUGAAUCGAACCGGCACACGGGGGCCACUGACUGGAACGAACGUUCGUCUCGAAGUCAUACUUGCUUCAAAAUUACAAUUGAAUCCUGGGAUCGUAAUCCAGCUAACACUCGGCCAUAUCGGAUUAGUGAAUUGUCCCUCAUUGAUUUAGCAGGUUCUGAGCGACAUUCCGUGAAUACGAAAUCCCGGCGGACUGAAGGAGGUAAUAUCAAUAAAAGCUUACUGAGCUUAGGGAAGGUCAUUUCUGCACUUUCCGAGAAGGGCGCAGGCGGGCGUGGAGGCCACAUCCCGUAUCGAGAAUCCAAGCUUACGCGCAUCUUACAGAACAACUUGAAUGGCCGUUCUCGGAUCGCCGUUGUGUGCACGCUCAAUCCAUCGCCAGCAAUGGUCGAGGAAAGUCUGAGCACAUUAAACUUUGCUCGUCGGAUCAAGCAUGUGCGUGUACGAGCGCCUAUCAAUGAGUAUGAAGGCCAUGUGUCAUCGCAAGGGGAGUCGCAGACUCUGCUUGCCCAAUACCGCGAGGAGAUGGGCUCAUUACGCGCGCAAGUAGCUGAGCUGCAAUCGAAGAAGCCGUCGUCUAGACAGCCUUCGACUCAGAGCAUCCCUGUGACGGUUGAGACCUUGCACGCACGUCUAGAAGAGCUUGGCGCCUUGAUAUUGCAAGGUGGAGCGGAGCCACCUGCACAGGGAACAUCGCAUCCUGUAUCACCGACAAAGCAGCGGGGCUUUGCUUUUGAUGAUCCACUUCCUGUUCUGCAGGAGAAACUACAUGCAGCACUGGAAAAGAUCCGGCGUCUUGAGCGCCAGUUAGCCGCGAGAAUGUCUUUGCCCAUGAGCACGAAUGCGAGCGAUGACGUCAAAGAUGCACGCAUCCAGUUUUUACUGCAACAAAUACGUGAGCUUGAGACCGUAUGCGAAGCUCAAACUCUCGAGGCGCCACAAAAAGUGCGGGAAGACGUCGAGGCCGAAUGGAUGAAGCGCCUGGAAGCAGCGGAGGCGGCCAACAAAGAGCGUGAUGCUUUCUUGGCAGAAAUUAGUGCGGAGUGUACGCGACUCCGACAAGCAAACGAAGCACUUGUGCGUCUCGCGCACGAGCAGACUUCGUCCAUGCUUCAAGAACUAGCGAGCCGUGAUACGCGGCCGCAUGUCAUUUCCAUGUUCAUGCCACACUUGCGCCCAACGACCGUCCUUGGCACACAACACAUUCCAGCAGCUGAGCAGGAUCUUAGCAUAGAUGACGUAUCAAGUGAUGAUCGACUGUCAUCUAGCGAACUAGAUGACUUACUUGACUCGGAGUGA